CCUGUGCACUCGCAGAUAGGAAGUGCAGCGCAACAUUCAACCAAACUUUGGAUCUGGAGGCUCCAAAUGCUCAGGCACAGUCUUUCAGGUUAAAAGAGACACAAAACACGACGUAAGAGAAACUAUGCCUGGACCUCCACCACCCCCUGGUCCCCCUCCAACCUUUUCAUUGGCGAACACAGAAAAGCCGAAUCUGAACAGAAAUGAGCAGCAUGGGAGAAAUGCUUUACUAUCAGAUAUCGGCAAGGGGGCUCGCCUGAAGAAAACAACCACCAAUGAUCGGAGCGGCCCAAUUCUGGACAAGCCCAAAGGAGGAGGAGGAGGAGGAGGAGGAGGAGGAGGAGGAGGGGGAGGUGGAGGUGGGGGUGGGGGAGGGGGUGGAGGAGCACUGGGUGGGCUGUUUCAGGGGGGAAUGCCAAGACUGAGAUCACCAGGAAACAACAACGUAAGAGGACCAAUGCCUCCCACAACUGGGAGAUUCCCAGCGCCCAGCAGCCCAGCAGGAAGCAGACCCCCAUUCCCAGUCUCCGGACGACCUUCCCCUGGGAGGGCCGGACCCCCACCUGUACCACCAUCGGGACGGUCAUCCCAGCACAGCUCUCCCAGCGGCCCGCCACCUCUACCUGGAAACCGGCCGUCAGGUUCCUCACCUUCUGUACAAGCCCCAGGCCAGCCGAGCAGACGUCCAAGCCUUCCUCCCGCCCCGAAGGAGUCCCAGUCUUCUUUCCCUCCACCACCAAUGCCUGGAUCCGCCCGGCCGCCAUUACCCACGAUCCCUAGCAGGCCCUUAGAUGACCUCCCUCCCCCUCCACCACCCACUGGAGGAAGAAGAGCGUCAUUUUCUAGAGAUGGCGCACUACCACCGCCACCACCAUCAACUGAGUGUAAACCAAUGAGUUCUCAGAGGCCUAUGGGUAAUCCGCCUCCAUCCUUACCUCCAGGAAGAGGAGGGGCACCACCCAUCCCACCAUCCCCGAGGGAGGAGCCCAACACUCGAGGCGGUCAGAGAAACAGCCUUCCGCCGCCUCCUCCACCUGGACGCUCCAGCCCACUGCCUCCACCGCCCAAUGAGCGGCCACCUCCAUCGGGACGGAGCCCGUCCAUACGCGCAGGUCCUCUUCCACCUCCACCCACAGGAGGAGGAAACAGAGGUGGGAUGCCUCAGCCUGUGCCUCCUCCUAAUCGUCCCGGUGGAUCAGGCAGACCCGCUUUUCCCCCAGACCCUCCCAGAGUGCCCAGCUUUCCUCCCCCGCCCCCCGAAACCAUCAACGGCUACCAGUGCCCUCCACCACCUGCCACAGAUGAGUGGGGGAUGAGGUUCUCCUUUCAUGCUCUGUCUGAAUUACCUCCACCAGAGCCGUACGUCUCCUUCUCGAAGUCUUACCCCAGCAAGGCCGGGGGCAAAGGAAUCAGAGACAGAGGAGCGCCACCCUUGCCACCGAUUCCCAGAUGAAAUGUUUUGGCAUUAUUAUAGUAUGAGAUGGAUUUUCAUCUGCUGAAUGAGACUCAGGAACUCAUUUUUUUAUAUACAUUUUAUUUUUUUCAUGCAUUUAAUUUCUUUUGGGGGAAAAAAUGUAUGUCCACUAUGGCAAUUAAAGUGCAUUCUGUCAAUAUCCGGGAAAGUUUGUUUUAAUCAGUUUGCAGUUUGAAAUUAAGACAUGUGUGUGUGUGUGUACAGGUUUAAAUUGCAUUGAGGUCCAAAUGUCCCAACAAGUGUGUGUGUGUAGUUCAGGUAUUCCCUACAUUGCGGGGACAUUUUUGGUCCACAUGAGGAAAACAGCUUAUAAAUCAAAAAAGUGAUUGAUUUGAUAAUGUAAAAAUGCAGAAAGUUUUGUGUGAUGGGUAGAUUUAGCGGUCGGUUUAUGGGAGAAAAUAUACAGUUUGAACAGUAUAAAAAUCAU